AUGAAAAGAAACAAAUGGGAUCUUAUAUCUCUUAUAUAUACGAAUCAUGGGUUUGUUUCCUGCCCGUCAUCGCGCCUCGUCACCAACAAAUCUCGGUCAUCGGAGCCUCGGCGAUUAGCAAAAAAAGGCCUUGUGUUUCAUCGAAAUUGAACCCGACAUCCAGGCGGCUCAUUUACUUCAUCCUUAUCACCUCCGGUCUCCCUCCCUCCCACGGCCAGCGCCCCAGCUACCUCCCCUUCGGUUCUCGCCAGCCUCCACCUCUUCCAGUCUUCCUCCUCGCCUCUGGGUCCCGACGCCUUCCGCCGUCGACCAGAGCAGCACGCCUCUGCCUCGCCACCGUCGGGUCCCGCUGUCUCCAGCCACCGCCGCUCCACCUCCGCCACCUCAUCACCGGGUCCCGUCGCCAUCUGGUCACUGAUGUGCAGCGGCGUGGCGAGGAAGCGCGGGAGGAGUCGGUACGGCGGACGUGGAGGGCGCGGUCGCCUGGUCCGCAACAACCUGCAUCCCGGGAGGCCACGAGAGAAGAUAAGGUGAGGGAGAAGAAGUGAAAUCCGGUCGUCAUGCUGUUAGCCACGCCGUCGCAUAGGGAGUGAUCGAUCGCAGUCGGAGUCGCAAGGAAGGGGAAAGGAGCAGCAGAGAGAAGAUAAACGCGAUACUGAUAGUGUAUUCGGUUAUUCCAUAAGCCUUACUAUUCCUAGGGAUGCCUAUAUCAUUUUCGCGUAA